CUCUCUCUCUCUCUCUCUCUCUCUGUUUGGUUCUUGAGAUCUUGGCGAGGGGAUGAAGAGGUUGAUCAGACGGCUGUCGAGGGUGGCGGACUCGUCGCAGUACAGGCCGCUGAGGGCGGGGAAGGAGGACGGGGGCGGCGGCGGGGGAAGGCGGCGGAGGGUGCCGGAGGGGCACGUCCCGGUGUACGUGGGGGAGGAGAUGGAGCGGUUCGCGGUCCGGGCGGAGCUGCUGGGCCGACCGGCCUUCGUCGAGCUUCUCCGUCGGUCGGCCCAGGAGUACGGCUACGACCAGCGGGGGGUCCUCCGCAUCCCCUGCCCCGUCCCCAUCUUCCGCCAGGUCCUGUUCUUCCUCGCCUCCGGAGGCGGCGCCUCCGGCGAUCUCGCCCUCGAGGAGCUCUUCCGGUCUCUCCCCGACGAGAUCCGGUCCGGUCCGUCUCCCCGUGCUGAGGAGGAGCCCUAGCUUUUGGAGCUGUUUCCCGUUUUGCCCUUUCUGACGACUGGUGUAUCAUUGUGUUAACCCAUCGGUCCGAAGUUGAGGAGAUGGAGGGCGAUUUGGACAUUUUCUUUUUGUAAUAUUAAUAGAUAGUUUGAGUGGAACUGGCGGAAUGUAAAGGAAAAAAAAAAAAUCUCGGCUCUGUACUUAAUGUUUUUUUUUGGAAAAAAAAAGGAUUAAAUCGCCCUUUGUUUUAACUUUAUAAUUAAUGUUAGGAUUUGCAUUACUAACA